CCCUAGACGGAGAAGAGCAUAAGCGAGGAGCAGAUCGAAGAGGGGUCUGAUUUGCUCACCUGAAAUCAUAGUCGAUCGAUUGGAGAUGGCCAACCCUCGCGUCUACUUCGACAUGUCCGUCGGCGGCUCACCGGUGGGGCGGAUCGUGAUUGAGCUGUACGCGGACGUGACGCCGAAGACGGCGGAGAACUUCCGGGCCCUCUGCACGGGCGAGAAGGGGAUGGGGCGCUCCGGCAAGCCCCUCCACUACAAGGGUUCCUCCUUCCACCGGGUGAUCCCCGGGUUCAUGUGCCAGGGCGGUGACUUCACUCGCGGCAACGGCACCGGCGGAGAGUCGAUCUACGGGGAGAAGUUCGCCGACGAGAACUUCGUGAAGAAGCACACGGGCCCUGGCGUGCUUUCCAUGGCGAACGCCGGGAAGCAUACUAACGGGUCGCAGUUCUUCAUCUGCACCGCGCAGACCUCGUGGCUCGAUGGCAAGCACGUCGUGUUCGGCCGCGUGGUGGAGGGGUUGGAGGUGGUGAAGGCCAUCGAAGCGGUGGGAUCGCAAAGCGGCACCACCAAGAAGCCCGUCGUCGUCGCCGACUGCGGUCAGCUGUCUUAGGAGGAUGUAGAGGAGCGCAUCCCGAUCUAUUGGUCUUCGUCGUCGUCCUCGUCUGGAGUGGUGGUCGUCGUAGGAAUAAUCGACGGUUCACGCCUCUGUGGCCGUCGAUCCGGAGUCGUCGUGUGUCGUCAUAACUAUCCAUGUUUAGGUUUCUUGUCAUUAUCGUCAGCAGGAGCUACCAUUGUCAUCGUUUGGCUGUCCGCACCGCGUUGCUUUUGUCUUCCCUUUCAUGUGUAUCACGGAGUUAUCCAUAUCUCUGAUCAAUAAAAUUAGGAUUGUUACCAAGA